UUAAGAGCCGAAAAUAUCUUCGCGGCUAAAAUUUCAACCAGUCGUAAAAAAAUCCCGCCAAACGUUGGCAACGUUUUGUUUAUAGCGUUUUCAUAGCACAAACGGUUCCAUUGACAUUUCUCGGAAAAAAAUCUCUCACAGUGACUGACUUUGGUUCUUUAUCUUUAACAAUCGCCGGAAAAUUAAGGAUAUGGAUAUCUCCGACAUAGCUAGGAAACUUAGUCUCGAUAACAACAAGCUUUUAAUCCGAAAAGCUGCAGAGAUCCGCCGUCUUUGCGAUGCUCAGUUCGAUUCAUCCAUCAUCGGCGUUGGUGAGAUCUGUAAAGCUGUGAUAUGUCUAGAAAUCGCCGCCUCUAGGUUGCAGAUUAUAUUCGAUAGACAAGCAGCGAUUAAAUUGAGUGGUAUGUCGGAAAAGGCUUAUUCUAGAUCAUUCAAUAGUCUCCAAAACGUUAUUGGGAUCAAGAUUAAGCUUAAUGUAAGAGAAUUGGCGGUUCAGUUUGGUUGUGUUAGAAUAAUCAAAUCUGUGCAAAAUGUGUUAUCCUCGUAUAAGGAGCGGUUUCUUGCGUCACUGCCAGCAUCGAGGCGGGCAAAUGCUGACUUUACUAGACCUGUAUUUACAGCUGCUGCUUUUUAUUUGUGCGCUAAAAAGCAAAAGCUUAAGGUAGAUAAGCUUAGGCUGAUUGAGGUUUGUGGAACAUCAGAAUCUGAAUUCUCUUGUGUCUCAACCUCCAUGACAGAUCUUUGCUUUGACUGUGUUGGGAUCUCAAAGGAAAAGAAAGAUGCAAAAGACGUGAAAGGAAACCGAGACUUGCUUGAUGUGUUACCUGGUAAGAGGAGACUAGAGGAUGGUGGAUAUUCAUCUGAUGAUGAGUCUUCGUGUUACAAAAGACACAAGAAGAUGGAAGAGGCUAAGUAUGAGGACUGGAAAUCUACAGUCGUUAAUUCGAUCAAGCAGAACCCAGAGAAAGGAACUAAGAGAGUUAUACAGGCCAGUCUCAAUUUCCCAAAGAAGUCUGAUACAAAAGAGUUGCAAGUUGAUUCAUAACCUUACACACAUUCAGAGACUCAAAUCUUGUUCAAGUUAUUGUUGUUUUCAUCAUAUGAAAUAUGUGUAAAUGACAAUUCUUGAAAAGCAAUGUUUUUUUCCCCAGACCAUUUUAUAGAUUUCUAAGCAAAUAAUGGACACAAAAAUGUCUAGAAAA